AUGUCUGAGUGGAGGUGCCUCAUCUGUGUCAGUUUUUUGCUGACAUUUCUCCUUGAACUGACAUACCAGGGACCCCCUGAUCCCUCCUCAUCAAGCACAAAGCUGUUGAUGACAAGCUAUUCCAUACGUUCCACUGUGGUGUCUCGCUAUGCUCAUACUUUGGUCACCUCUGUCCUGUUCAAUCCACAUCCUGAGGCCCAUGAAGCCAUCUUUGACCUGAAUCUGCCUCGCCUUGCCUUUAUCUCCAAUUUCACCAUGACCAUCAACAAUAAAGUCUAUGUUGCAGAAAUCAAAGAGAAGCACCAGGCCAAGAAAAUUUAUGAGGAAGCUCAUAAGCAAAGAAAGACGGCUGCUCAUGUAGGCAUUAGGGACCGGGAAUCAGAGAAAUUCCGAAUCUCUACUAGUCUGGCAGCCAACACAGAAGUGAUAUUUGCCCUAUCCUAUGAGGAAUUGCUCCAGCGACAGCAAGGCCGGUACCAGUUGGUGGUGAGCCUGAGGCCUGGUCAAUUGGUGACAAGGCUGAGUGUAGAGGUCACAGUGUCAGAAAGAACAGGGAUCGCUUAUGUGCAUGUGCCACCACUGAGGACGAGCCGGCUGCGCACCAAUGACCAUGCAAGUGAGGCUGACUCGCCCCCAUCCACCAGGAUUGAGAGAGGAGAGACCUGUGUUCGAGUCACCUUCUCCCCAACAAUGCAACAACAGUCUGCUUCCUCCAGCUCAGGCAUCAUGGCUGACUUCAUAGUCCAGUAUGACGUGACCAUGGAGGACAUCAUUGGGGACGUGCAGAUUUAUGGGGGCUAUUUCAUUCACUACUUUGCCCCCAGGGGCCUCCAGCCUGUGGAGAAGAACGUGGUGUUUGUUAUUGACGUGAGCGGCUCCAUGUUUGGAACCAAGAUGAAGCAGACUAAAAAAGCCAUGAAUGUGAUCCUCAGCGAACUGCGAGCGAAUGAUUACUUCAACAUCAUCUCCUUUUCUGACACAGUUAAUGUCUGGAAAGCUGGAGGCUCUAUCCAGGCCACUACCCAGAAUAUUCACAGUGCCAAAGACCACCUGAGUCACAUGGAAGCAGAUGGUUGGACUGACAUCAAUGCAGCUCUGCUGGCCGCUGCUUCAGUACUGAACCAUAGUAACCAGGAGCCUGGAAAGGGCCCUAGUGUGGGGAGGAUACCUCUUAUCAUGUUCCUGACAGAUGGAGAGCCCACAGCUGGUGUGACAACUCCCAGUGUGAUCCUCUCCAAUGUCCGUCAGGCACUGGGACACAGGGUAGCCCUUUUCAGCUUGGCCUUUGGGGAUGAUGCAGAUUUCCCUCUGCUUCGUCGCCUGUCCCUGGAGAAUCGAGGAGCAGCCCGACGAAUAUAUGAGGACGCAGAUGCAGCUUUGCAGCUAGAGGGCCUCUAUGAGGAAAUCUCCAUGCCUCUGCUGGCGGAUGUGCGUCUGGACUACCUAGGUGGUUUGGUGGGGUCUUCUCCUUGGGCUCUAUUCUCCAACUACUUUGGUGGCUCAGAACUCGUGGUAGCUGGCCAGGUGCAGCCAGGCAAGCAAGAGCUAGGCAUCCACCUAGCAGCCCGUGGCCCCAAGGGUCAGCUGCUGGUGGCCCGUCACAGUGAAGAAGCCACCAACAACAGCCAGAAGGCUUUUGGUUGCUCAGGAGAGCCUGCCCUCAAUGUGGCUGGCUUUAUCCGCCGCCUCUGGGCCUAUGUUACCAUUGGAGAGCUGCUGGAGGCGCGCUUCCAAGCCCGUGACACCACCACUCGCAAUCUGUUGGCUGCCAAAGCUCUCAACCUAUCCCUUGAAUACAACUUUGUCACACCUCUGACCUCACUGGUAAUGGUGCACCUCAAGGAGGCCAGAGAGGAGGCCACAAGGCAGCCAUCUAUCACAGAUGUACCAGGUACGGUCACACCCUCGUGUAAGAACAGCCAUGAUCUAGGAACAGGCCCAGCUCGACCAGCUUUGGUGCCCAAGGUCUCCCCCAAAUCAAGACUUGUGAAACCAACCUUACCUACCACUGUCUCUGUGAAGAAGACUCUCAGUUCCAAGGAGGUGGAGCCAUUGGGUCAGAGCUCUAAUAGUCUAUCAACAUCAACACACUCAAAGCCCAAAACUGUAGCACAAGAUUCUGGCACCUUUGCACAGUCAACUGUCAAGAUAAAACCUGUUGCUCUCAUGCCUACAAAUUCUACUGCUCUGUUGCCACAAAAACCUACUGCUCCAUCACAGCAGAAUCCUUCUAUUGUAGCACCCAUGAAUUCUAAGACCCAAAUCCCACCUCUGAAUCUUGGCAUCCCAACCCAACCCAAAGCUGGCACUAUGAAACAGCAUUACAAGCCCGGUGCUACAUCACAACCUAAAUCAGAUGCCCUAGCUCAUCCCCAUUCUGAGGUAUUCAUAUCACAGUUCCCCAAACACACACCACAGCCCAGACCUACCUCCACACUUCAGAUCUCUAAACCUUCACCACAUACCAGACCUAAAGUUCCUGCUCCCAAGACCUCCAAAAAUCCACCACACCCUAGACCUGGAAUCCUCUUACCUAAGUCCCCUAAAAUCCCUCCACUUUUUAAACCUAGCACUCCACCUCACCAGACUCCCACAAGUUUAUCACUUUCUAAGCCUGGAACCCCAAUCCCCCAUACACCACAAAUGCUGCUACCUCCUAGACCUGCCAGACCCAGGCCUCCCCCUCCUCAGAGCCUUAGCACAUUCUCAAACACUGUCUUAAGCACCACAGGUUCUAGCAGUACCAUGACCAUCUCUGUUCUUGGAGAACCCCUCGCUACUCCUUUUACCCCCACUCUGCCUUCUUUGCUGCCCACUGGAAGGCUCUGGCAUCAACAAGACCUGCUGAUAGGACCUCAGAGCACCAGGCAAGUAUUGAGUCCAUCUGUGCCAAGUCUCUCAAUAAUAGCCCUACCCAACAGUUUUAGUCAUCUGCCCAAAGACAGACUCCCCAAUCUGCCAAUCUUGCUACCUUCCAGUACUCUCCCUGAAACCAUCAGUCUGCUUCAUCUCCCAGAAGAGCUAGAGCUUCUGUCUGAAUCAAUGAUGGAGUCCAAGUUUGUGGAGUCCUUGAACCCGCCAGCUUUCUAUACCUUCCUCACUCCUGAUAAAAAUGGAAGUCCACAUGGGGAUGAUAAUUCUGAGGAGACUCUGGGAGUAGGUGAAGGCAGCAUAGAAUCACAGGAAAGUGUUGUGGAGCUAGCAAAAGGCACAUUGCCAAGCAUCUUUACCUUCUCAUCUUCCGUGGAUGGAGAUCCCCAUUUUGUGAUCCACAUCCCACACUCAGAAGACAAGAUAUGCUUUACAGUGGAUGGGCGUCCAGGCGACCUACUGCAGCUCAUAGAGGACCCAAAGGCAGGGCUACAUGUGAGUGGGAAGCUGCUUGGGGCACCACCAAGACCAGGCCAUGAGGACCAGACACGCACAUACUUCCAGAUCAUCACAGUCACUACAGACAAGCCUCGGGCCUAUACCAUCACCAUCACCCGCAGUUCCAUAUUUGUGAGAGGAGAAGGCACCUUGCACUUAUCCUGGCACCAAACUGCCCUGGUGAAGAAGCCCAAGUUGGAGCUCCAUGUGACUUCUGCUGCCCGUCUCACUCUCCGCCUUGGGCCCUACCUGGAAUUCCUGAUUCUCCGACACCACUACAGACAGCCCAGCAACUUGCAGCUACCCCACCUGGGGUUCUAUGUGGUCAAUGGCUCAGGCCUCAGUUCCUUGGCCCGUGGCCUGAUGGGGCAGUUCCAGCACAUAGACAUCCGCCUGAUGACAGGGCCAAAUGGACCUUACCUGAAGAGGCAACACAGCCCAGAUGUGCCUGUGGUUCUAGGCAAAAGGCUGCUGAAGGACUCACCAAGACUCUUGCCUCGCUGGACUUCCUGCUGGCUGGUGAUGCGUUCUCAUGUAGAACAGUUGCUUGGCCAGCCCUACCUCGCCUAUGUCCUGUGA